GCGGCGGAGGGGGAGCCAGUACCGGGGGCCCCCCCCCGUACCGCUACGGCUCCCGCCUCCCUUCCGGCGGCGGCUCCUUCCCUGCGCCGGGGGCGGACGGGGCGGACCGGAGCCGCGCCGAGCCCAGCCAGGCCCCGCUCUCCCUGCGAUGCCCAGCUGCCCCCGCGAGGUCCUCGUCCCCCUGCGUUAGGUGCCGAAGCCUGCAGACGCCUGGCGCUCCACGCACCAAGGUGGCCCUGGUCAGCGAGCCCGGACAGCAGUGGAUGAGUGCUGGGCGCUGGCCUAGCCGCACACGCACACCGGCACCAUGGACUUCGUCAUGAAGCAAGCGCUGGGCGGGGCCACCAAGGACAUGGGGAAGAUGCUGGGGGGCGAGGAGGAGAAGGACCCCGACGCGCAAAAAAAGGAGGAGGAGAGGCAGGAGGCCCUGCGCCAGCAGGAGGAAGAGCGGAAAGCCAAGCACGCCCGCAUGGAAGCCGAGCGGGAGAAAGUCCGGCAGCAGAUCCGUGACAAGUACGGGCUGAAGAAGAAGGAGGAGAAGGAGGCGGAGGAGAAAGCCGCACUGGAGCAGCCGUGUGAGGGCAGCCUGACGCGCCCCAAGAAGGCGAUCCCGGCGGGCUGCGGGGACGAAGAGGAGGAGGAGGAGGAGAGCAUCCUGGACACCGUCCUCAAGUACCUGCCCGGCCCGCUGCAGGAUAUGUUCAAGAAGUAACAGCACCGCCAACCCUGCCAUGGGGUGCUGGGGCACGGGCGCCCUCUCCCCUCCAACCCCUCCAUCAGUUCCCUUGGCCCCGGGGGGGGGGUCCCCGCACCCCCUCCUGCCCUUUCCCCGGACCAGACCAAAAACCCGCCCCGUCCUGUCCAGGCAGGGCCCCACCACCACGCCGUGCCAAAGGGGAGCGGCCCUGGCCGGACAGGGUGAACCGGGACCAAAUGCACUGAUGUAACCUCGCGGCAGGCUGGGGGCACCCCAGGCCCUACCGGCCCCCCCCGGGGUGGCUCCCUGUGCCCCCUGCCCUGCCCCUCCUGCCCUCCCAGGGGACCCCGGCAGGCCUCCACUCGCCUGCCCUCGUCCCCAGCACUGCCAUCCCCCUGCCCCGUCCCGCCCUGGGCCAAGCCCAAAGCACAAAGCCAGGCGCCCUGCCCGCAGCUCCCCCAUCCCCGGUCCCCGGGCACGGGGGUCCCCCGGGGCUGCCCAGUGUGCUCCAGCAUCGGGGGGUCGGAGGGGACCCCCCCCCUCCCCGCAUCUCUGGCCCCAUAGUUAAAGCCAUAUCAGUUAGACUGCAAUACUUCAGCACCGGGAGGAGCGGGCGCCGCGCUCCGCCAACCGUGUACAAAGGCACGCGCGGGGCAGGGACCCCCCUGCCUCGUCCCCCCCACCCCGUCCCCGCCAUCCCCACCGCUCGCUCGUCCGUGUCUCGGCCCCGCUGGCCCCCGUUCUCGCAUUAGUGUCUCUGUGCCAGGGUGCGCCCCGUCGCUCCAUGCGUCCUCGUGUCCGCUGCUCACGCUCCCACCCCCGAGUCCCCACUGUCCCUGGGGCCACCCGCGGCGAUCAGCCGAGAGCCCCCUGCCAUGCUGCCGGGGGCCCCCGCUUUGCCCCCUGCAAUAAAGCCAGCGCAGGGGGGGAGGGCUGCCGGGCCAGUCCUGGGCUGGGAGCGCCCGGCUGCCCCCCACCUGACACUGGACACACGUCCCCCGGGCCUGGGAAGGGAUCCCUGGGCAAGCGCCCCGGGCACGUACCCAGGAACCGCUGCUUGCAUCCCAAUGGGGGGACGCGGGGGCAUGCCCUCACCCCAGCCCAUCCCUUGCCGCACCGUGCUCCCCCCUCCCCGUGCUUCCUCCGCCACAGCCCCCAGCUGCUUACCAGGGCCCUCCCCGGGAGGCGGCAGGCGGCUCGGGGCCCCGCAGACAUGCUGUGACCAUCCUGCUCGAACUAGUCUUUGACAAACUAAUAAAAUAAAGGGAUUUGUACAUUG